CCCCUAGACAAAAUUUUGCUACAAAUUCGUGUACCUAUAAGUCAAAUGAACUAAAUCAAAAUAAUCUGAUCGGGAAAAUUGUUUAGCUUCGUUGUGACACUGCCACUAUCUUGAAUGUCCGAACAGCCGAAUACUAUUUUGACUUCUCAUCUUCUGCGUUUAUGCUACGAGUAUUUUCCAAAGCGAAAAGCAUGACACAGGCAAGCCAGCGUUGUUGUUGAUAAAGAGAAGGUCUGAAAAAUUCUCUUCAGGUGUAUGACGUGUAGCAUAAACUGUGCGCAAUUUAUUUGUACGUCGGAUGUUGAACCAACUGGCAAACAAAAUGAUGCCUGCUCGCUACAGUCUGAUUCAAACCGAUUGCUUAUUAAGGGGUACAUGCUCCGAUGAUAGUAAUUAGAAAGUGAGUGCGACCUUUCUUGUAUGAAGGAUCUGCACGUACAUUGCUAAGCGAAUUUUUCUCGUCGCACACCAGUUGAUCCCACCAGUAUUUCGUCAAAAUCCUUGAUCCUGCAUUUGUUCCCUACAUAAGGAACUGGCCAGCGCGCGACGCUGGACUAGCCAGAAAACUCAUCCAAACCAGUUUUAAAGCCAACAUAGAAAGGUUUUUGCCAUUGAAGGAACUUUUCCACUGGUCAGAUCCGAAUUAUUAGCUCGAGGAUGGGUGGAGAAUUUGGAAAACAAUCCACAGCGAGACAAACUGGCAGCUUCCGACAACGGUCUAUGGGGUAUCGUUGUAAGCUCAAAAGUCGAGGUUGGUCCGUCACAAGGCACCGGAUUUUGUGUGGCGGGUGUCACGUCAGAAAAGACCUUUUGACAAUGCGCAGCACAUAAUGGCAUCACCGGCUUAUUUGAACUUUAAUACAAAAAGCUGUUUGGCCCAAGUAGUCCAGAACAUACCAAAAAUAUGCGCAGCGGAUCCUGAUACCGUCUCUCCGAGAACGUAUCGGAUGCACCGUGAUAAAGAAGCCAAUCUCUUCUACCGAGAUUACCUCUUCACCGCUUGCUGCAGUUUGCUAAAAACUGUCACAUCAUCCGGACAGCUGGCGAACGAGCCCAGUGUCCUGUCCCCGUUAACAUGGACUUGCAGAAGACGACGUGGGAUACCGCGGAAGUUUCCGCUUUCCUCCAGACUGCAAAAACCCGAAUUACAAAAUUUCGAUCCGAAUUCAGAAUGCUACAGCUGUCAUCCAGAUGUAUUUUCAAGUGAAAUUACCAGCUGGUUAACGCGAACGAGUUUUGACAUACCGCCAGUGAAGGAUCUGGAGAAAGGUCACUUAGAAACCAGCAUGAUUUUACCGGACGAGGUUGUUCGCAUGGCAGCUUGCCAUGUAGUCUGCUAUUUGGAAGUAGAGGAUGAAAUACUUUAUGCCGAUCGCUUGGAUAAAAUGGUUUUCGUUGUUGCACCUGAUGAUGACUGUUGGAAUAGUUUCAUCCAUUGGACCUAUUUAAUGAAGUUAAGACAAAAUUCAAGUAACACAUCCAUCAAACUGGAAGAGAUAGAGCACACGGCACAAAAAAUAAAAUACUGCCGGAGGCUGUUGGAUUGCCUGUACGUCGUUAAUCCUCAGUGCCAGUUCGAAGGCCAGAAAAAUAUUUGGAUUAUCAAACCGGGUAGCAAAAGCCGAGGCAUGGAAAUAACCGUUUCCGAUUUAAUUGAAGAAAUCACCGAAAUUUGUUAUAAUCAUCAAGGUUACCCAGAUAUGAGAAAUUUCAUCGUGCAAAAGUACAUCGAAAGGCCUUUCCUGUGUUACAAUACGAAAUUCGAUAUUCGGCAGUGGUUUUUGGUCACAUGGCAUCCCCUAAAAUUGUGGAUGUAUCAGGAUUGUUACCUUCGCUUCGGCUCAUCCGAAUUUUCCUUAACUGAUUUCAAUGAGAAAAUCCACUUAACCAAUAAUGCCGUUCAAGGGAAGUACUUUGACGCGAUAUCCCCAGAAUCCAAAAUACCGAAGGAAUGCAUGUGGCGAAAAGAUGAAUUCUUAACGUAUUUGAGCGAGCAAGGUUUAGAUGGACACACCGUAUGGGACGAAAAAAUAUUCCCAGAAAUUACACGGUUGCUAACGCUAGCGCUCGUCACUUCUGCAGUUCAGAUGGACAAAAAAGCUAUCAACGGGUACGAGUUAUUUGGAGCCGAUUUUAUAGUGACCGAAGAUUUAAAACCUUGGCUCAUCGAGAUUAAUUCAGGACCAGAUUUGCAUCCCACAACCAGUGUUACCGCGACGCUGUGCCCGGAAGUGAUUAUAGAUUGCAUAAAAGUGGUAAUUGAUAAUCUGCGAAAUCGCUCUCCAGACACCGGCAAGUUUCGUUUGGCUUUUCAGCUCAACUACAGUCGCCGUCAUGGCAAAGCAUUUCGAGUAAGGUCAUUUCCUCUGGAGGCGCUAAAACCAAUUCGUGGCCACCGCCAGCGCAUAGCCAAAUCAAGAAUGCUAUUCCAAAUCACCAAGCCAGGAAAUUUCAUCCUUCGAACGCUGGUUGAAAUGAAUAAGCCGAAGCCAAAAGAAUCUGCUGCAAAACCUCUUCCAUUUGAACACUAUUCUACCUACAAUUUCAUUCGCGAAUCUGUUAAAAAUUUGAGAAGAAUAAAAGCCAUGCGGAGAUUUAGGAAAAGAGCUUUGGUCAAAAUGCAAAUUGGGACAAAGGAAGGUUCGACCGAAACACGGAAGAGAAAAAGCAAUGCGUGUGUCAGACGGUCCAGCUCGACAAGCACUGACCAUGACAGUUCGUCCACUUCGACAUCCAAGGACAGUGCGACAGAUACCACGGCUGCACCAGAUUCCGAAUCGCUGGAAUCGAAUCUGGAUAACGAAAAAUCAGAAAAGGACCGGGUGGAGGCACAGCGACUGCAAAACAUGACUCUGCGAAAAAGAACAAUGCUACGAAUGAUUUCUAGUACCGUUGCAGUUCAGAAAGCACCCUCGCCACCGGUUCCCCGUGCGGUUGACAAGCUGCGUCUGGACGAAUUAGCGCAACCGAAAUCCAUAACGCUGAUCAGGCGCUGGGAAAGCGGGCGGAUCAGCCGAAAGAAAAAAUUAUAUUCUGGUUUGCUAAUUCCAAAAGAUUCACAGCAACUAGUUCAGGGCAAACAGGUGCUCGGUGACAAUGAUAUGACGUGUCAGAAUGGACAAAUCCGUGAUACGCAGCUACCACAGACUCUGGAAUAUUCGCAUGCCGCACUGCCCAAUUUAUCGCUCGCUUCGCGCAACGCUGGACAUGGUGAUGUUUCUACAGGAUCGUUAUCCAAAUACUAUAUCUCCGCUGCGGUGCAACGUGAAAUUGAUCAGUACGUCAGCGAGCCAGCACAAAAUCUGCGAUUGCACAUGACCUUGCGAAAUGCACUGAGACGGUAUUUGCCGAAGUCUGGACACUGGAUUAAGUUAAUUGAUGGGUUUAUACGGAAUCCCAACAAUAACACGUUGAAAGCCCAGACAAGAAAUUUAAUGCAUUCUAUUAUGAUGAACCAAAUGUUUGUUACACCUUCGGAAAUUUUUCGUACGUUCGAAAAACUGGCAGUCAGCCAAACAAAAACCAGCUGAAGGAAAAGAAACUUAUGUAUCUUUUGCAAUCAGACUUAUCAUGAUAUCGAGUAUCGAGUCAUUAUCGACUAUGUGGACUUUGUCUUCGGUGUUACGCCUUCUUACAGUAUUAUGCGCCGUGAAAACCUUUUUAACGAAAGUAAAUUUACUAUACUGUAGCGAUAGUAUUUGUACGAACGAUAAGACCGCCCAGUUAUGAUGAAUCAUUCCAUCGCGUUAUGAAUUUGUCCACUUUACCGGCUAGUUUCCUUUCUCAUGGACUUCUAGAAUUCAGUCUUGUGCUCAGCUUGCUACAGCUUGCAUCUACUUGAUUG